AUGAUUUUAACUACGACAGGGCGCUUAGGACUUGGAACUACAACACCAAGCGCUCCUCUGCAUAUAUCAGGUAGCAACAGUAUUGUUUUUGGUUCCGAUGGUUUAACCAUUUAUAGGCUCCGAACAGACUCUGGCGCGACAGAGUCGGCUCUUGGGCCGAUCACGUACAGCGUCGCCGGUAUAUUUAGCGGGUACAUUGCCUGUACAGCCAUGGCGAUGACAAGCGAUCGCCGAUUGAAGCGAAAUAUUCAAUCAUGUCCCAUUGAUCGAAUCAAGCGUCUCUAUGAUCAAUGUGAGGUCAAACUGUAUGACUGGAUAGAGAGCGAGGGUCGCCCUGGUCAAGAGGUAGGCCUCAUCGCUCAAGACUUUGUCAAAGCUCAUCUUACCGAUUUGAUCAGUGUCUUCUAUCACGAUGAUAUCGAAGAAGGAGAAGACCAAUCGUUAGAGCCCGCUAAGCAACAGCUCAACGUUGAUUACAGCUCAAUUAGCGCUUAUAACAUGAAAAUGAUUCAACACCUGUUAAGUGUGAAUGAGGAUCUCCAGAAGCCAAUAAAUGAACUACGCUCAAUUAUCUCAGAGUGA